CGUAGCCACACCACAAUUUUAUCAAGCCAGCCACAAAUCACCUACCGACUUACAUAGUAGAGUAUGACGCGUCAAACUAAUACCGCUACCAUAUUGUUGGUGGCGCUGUGCCUAACAAGAGCGGAUGCUCGAAGCACCACUGAACCAUUUUCUUGUUCAGCCGUACACCACCCGGACAUCUUUGGGCGAGGAGAUGGCCAGAUCUGCCAAGUGGGAACAUCAAGACGCUUAAAUCGUGGGCACAACCAAAGCGGCACACAAGAUGCAGACGAUGUCGACUCCGCGGCACUGCCCGGAUGGAAGUCCACGGGGGUCUGCCGGCGGCUGGGCCGCGAGGAGUUCUGCGCCUUUGCCAAGCCCUCCUUCAACUCGGGCGAGGGCACCGCUCUGAUCACAACGCGGACAACGCUGGACGAGCUGGCCGCGCUGUUCGCCUCUGACGCACCGGUCCACGGGUCGCCGGCGCACAACUCAUGGGUCCCCGCCGAGUCGCGCCCAUACGUCGCGGUCCCUGUGCCGGGUAAGGGCAUCGGCCUCCGCGCCACACAGCCCAUCCGGACCGGCCACCUCGUCACGGCCCGCACGCCCGCCGUCAUGGUGGAUGAGCGCGCGCUGACUGGCCUGGCGCCCCGGGACCUAGCGCAGCUGCUGGUGCCGGCCGUGGGUGGGCUGCCCAAGCAUCACCUCGCGCAAUUUUUGGAUUUGUCGACGCACGACGCCGCCAAGGAUCACACGGACAAGGUCCACAAGAUUUAUUCGACAAACGCGUACCGCACCUCGAUCCGUCGUGGCGUCGACUUUCACUCGACGUUUGUGGAAGUUUCUCGGAUGAACCAUGAAUGCAGCCCCAACUGCGCCGCCUAUUUUGAUCCUAUGACUAUGUCGCAGCGAAUUUACGCUAUACGUGACAUUAUGCCGGGCGAGGAACUGACCGUAUCGUACAUUGACCCUGUGCAAACCCGGGAAGCACGCCAAAACCGCUUACGCAAGGACUGGGGCUUUGGCUGCAGCUGCCAGCGCUGUACUUCAGAGGCCCAUUUUGGAGCCGAGUCGGACGCGCGUGUGGAGCAGAUCAAGGCGCUCUGGGCCGAGCUGGACGACUACUCUGCCCGGCCGGAGACGGCGAGGGCGGCGUACCCGGCCAAGGCGGAGCUGCUGAUCACGCUAUUCCGGCUCGAGGGUCUGGAGAACCGCAUCCACGAGGCGUACUACCGCGCGGCGCUCGAGAGCAAUGGGGCGGGCGACGCCGUCACGGCCACGAGGUUUGCGCGGCUCUGCCUGGACAGGGGUUUGCUCGUCCGCGGGCCCAGCCAGCCCUUCCUGGAGGCGAUGAGGAGCGUCAUCGCCGAGCCAGAAAAGCACUGGAGUUGGCGGUUCAGGAUAGAUGGCAAGGGUGGGCCAAACUACAAGUGAGAGCAUGCAGCAUUUGUCAAGUCUACGCCAAACAUCUAGCUACAUACUGCGUACCAUCCCUACCUUGGUUAAUAUUGGUCAUCUUGGCGGCAUUCUCGAGGCUGAAGUUGCUUGGGCGACUACACUAACUAAAACGUCGUCGUUGUGUAAAUUUUCUGUAAUAUUAAUAAAAAAGAAAUUGAAAGCAUGAAGAAGAGGUGCUCGUUACAGAAGUACAUGCCCCAGACAUCCAAGGUAGGUAGGCACCUAGGUAACCAA